ACCUGGGAAAUCACUGCCAUGGGGAAGAAUAUCCUGCUCCUCCUGCUGGGCCUCUCCUUUGUGGUGGGCUUCCUGCAAGCCCUGAGAUGUUGGGACUGUGCCAUGUUAAACUCAGAUGGAGUUUGUGUGAAAGGAAACACCACCUGUGAGGCUAAAGAGGACCAGGAAUGUGGCAUCCUGGUAAUUUCUCAAGGUGUUGAUAUUCUCUUAGGGAUGCAAGAUUGUUCCUCCUUCUGCUUAAAUAAGACUUUCAUCCAUGGGAAUCUAACACUGGAUUUUUCAUGUUGCCAUGACCAAUCACUCUGCAAUGAGUUUUAGAGGCCAGGCCGUUUCUUGCUCAAUUCUGCUGCGGUGCUAUUCAUUGAAUCCUGGCUCUGGAGCAUGUCAGCAAGCAUUCUACUACUGACCUUGUCUUGAAGACGAUACCUUGUCUUUCCAUCACAUGGCUUAGACAUCUUUUGUCGUCUACAUGUAACUUACUAUAUUAGACUUGAUGCUCUUUCCUCCACUGUAUACCUUUAAAGUUUUUCAUCAAUCCUGCGUGGUUGUCUAGAUUACUUUCU